AUGUGUGAUAUACCGACCGAGAUACCGCAAUCGUUUGGUCCUAAAUCUUGCGAAUUGACGGAUCUAUCAGCAGGAGUGCAGAAGCAGCAUUCUUAUUUCAAGGGAGUAGAAAAAAUCGUCUUCAAAUGCAAGGAUGGGAAGCCAGCGAACGUGAAUAUCCUCGAUUGCGUUGAUGGCAAGCUUUACAAAGGCAAGAAGAACAGAAAGAAUGGCAUCGUUUUUCCAGCGAAUACUCUCAUUACUUGCGGUGCCCAAGCAGAAUCAAAAGAAACAGGAGACGUCUGCGACGAAAACGAUGCAUUCGACAGCUAUUUCAAACGCAAAGACAUGACUUACAUCCGCACCAAGGGUCGAGAAAGAACUGAAAAUGGCUUGGAGCUAAAAAUCGACUGUCUCAAAACUGGAGCUUCCCUCAAACUUGUCUGCACGACUUCAAAGAAAGGAGCUAAGAAAAUCAGCAUUCUAGGGCCAAAAGGAGACAAGAAGAAAUUCAAACUCUGUUAA